GUUUGGACGGCUCGAAUGUGCUGCAUGGAUACCUCGUCAGCCGUAACCUUAUUUGCACUAAAAAAAUUCUCGCGUUCCUGCUCUCACUAGUGCGUAUGUGCUGGAGGGUACAUUUUAGUUCCUCUGUUUCUCUUUAAAUUUCCUUACCCUCACUCACCACACUAUAUAAAGGGUUAGGUGCUGAAAAGCAUUACCAACCCAAGUGAAGAGAAACUGAAUUAGGAGAUCAGGAAUUUGAAUUCCAAGACACUUUAAUUCGCAUAUGGAAUCUUCUUCCUCGUGGGAUAAUUUUCUUCUUCUUCUCCACCACCAUAAUUCCCUUCCAUUCGACAUCGACGACUCCCAGCAGAUGCUACUCUUGGGAGUCCUAGCCGAAGGCACGUCGACAGGCUCAUUGGAAUCCAAUGGUACCUCUGUUUGCCAAGCUAGUAAAGAGGAAGAAGUCAGCUCCAUUCCCAAAGUACUAGAUACUACCAAGAAGGAACUGAUCAAGUCCUACAGAGGAGUCCGGAAGCGGCCGUGGGGGAAGUUCGCGGCGGAGAUACGGGAUACGACGAGAAAGGGAACCCGGGUCUGGCUCGGCACGUUUGAUUCGGCCGAGGCGGCCGCCAUGGCGUACGACCAAGCGGCGUUUUCCACCAGGGGGUCCACGGCGGUGCUCAAUUUUCCGGUGGAGAGGGUGGAGGAAUCGCUGAGGGAGAUGGACUGUGGGUGCGGGGAUGGGGGUUCCCCUGUUUUGGCAUUGAAGAAGAGGAACAUGUUGAGAAACAAGUCAUUUGGUGGUACACAGAGCAGAGCUAGAGAGAGAAAGGCGGAGAGUGUGGUGGAGUUGGAGGAUUUGGGAGUUGACUAUUUAGAGGAGCUACUGAGUUCAUCUUACAACUUCAGCGGUUAAAAAGCACCGCCACCUGAUACUCCGUAUCACUCCAUAACAACACAUUCACGCGGGAUUCAUGCUUUCAGCAUACGGCCCUCACAUGAAUAUGUGAUUCUGAAUGAUUCAGAGCAUCACGUGACGGUUUCCGUGGACAAUUACUCGUGUUUGACCCCUUCGUGUUUCUUUUAGUAAAAUGUUGUUUAUCUCCUCUUUUGGUUUUGGAUAGGGAUUUUAAAGUGUUCUAAAAAGGGCGCAUGGGUUUUUCCUUAAUUGGAAAAUUCAACCCUGUUGUUCACUUGUACAAAUUUGAUAAGUUUUCCAUCUUAUUAAAUUAUGUAUAUAUUCUCUAUGCCUUUGAUUAAUCAAUUUUUCCUUUUCUUUUUGGAAAAA